ACGCCCGGGCGCUGCGUGGCCACAUCCCCACGCCGCGCGGCAUGUUGGGAGCGGAAGUGCGGCUGCCGCGAGGAGCGCGCGGGCGGCAUGGCGGCUGCCGGGAGGAGGAAGCUGGAGGAGCUGAGCGUCGACGAGUUCCUCGCUAAUGGCUUCGAGUCGGAGCCCGACGGCGGUUCGGAGGAGGAGGAGGCCCGGCCCAAGGCGGGGGGGAGGCGGCCCCGGCCCAAGGCGGCCGUUCGAAAGAAAGGAAAGGCAUCUGAGCAUAAAGACCAGCUCGCCCGACUGAAGGAAAAGGAUCCUGAAUUUUACAAGUUCUUGGAAGAAAAUGACCGCACGCUGCUGAACUUUGAUGCUUCAGACAGUUCUGAGGAGGAGGAGGAGGGAGGCUUGCACAUCCCACCUGACUCAUUAGAGGAAGCGAGUGAUGAAGGUGAAGAAGAUGAAGAAGAACAGGAGAAAGGCAAACAGAAGAAAGUUGAAUCCAUCCCUGUGAGCUUGAAGAUGGUUGAGGAAUGGAAGAAAGCUGCAGAGAGAGGGCUAACACCAAGACUUUUCCAUGAAAUCACUCAAGCAUUCAAAGCAGCUGUAGCAACUACCAAAGGAGACAAUGGUGGUGCUGAUCCCAGCAAGUUUCAAGUCCUUGAUGCUGCAGUGUUCAAUGCCCUUGUGUCCUUCUGUGUCCGGGACCUCUUCAACUGCCUGCAAAAGCUGCUGCUUGUGAAAGCCCCUAAGAACAAACAAAAGAUGGCCCUCCCUUCCAGCAGUCCACUUUGGAGCAAAUUGCGACUGGAUGUAAGAAUGUACCUGUCCUGUACCAUCCAGCUCCUGUCUUGUCUAACAGAAGCCUCUGUUGGAGCAGCAGUUCUCCAGCAUGUCAAUUCCAUACUGCCUUAUUAUCUGUCCUUCCCAAAGCAGUGCCGGAUACUUCUCAAGCAAGCAAUCCAUUUGUGGAGCACGGGUGAAGAAACAGUGAGAGUGCUGUCCUUCCUUGUGCUGAACAAGAUCUGCCGCCACAGGAAAGAGGUGUACCUGAGUCACUUGCUCAAGCAAAUGUACAUUGCAUUUGUGAAGAAUUCAAGGUUUACCUCUCCCAGUGUGCUGCCCAUGAUCAACUUCAUGCAGCGCACGCUGGCAGAGAUGUAUGCCCUGGACACACACACCUCCUACCAGCAUGCCUUCAUCUACAUCCGCCAGCUUGCCAUUCAUCUGCGCAGUGCAAUGACCAUAAAGAAGAAGGAGAACUUCCAGUCUGUCUAUAACUGGCAAUAUGUGCACUGCCUGUAUUUCUGGUGUCGAGUUCUCAGCACAAUUUAUCCCAGCGAGGUCAUGGAGCCAUUGAUCUAUCCUCUGACACAAGUCAUCAUAGGCUGUAUCAAGCUGGUGCCCACAGCUCGUUUCUACCCUCUGCGCAUGCACUGCAUCCGUGCCCUCACCCUGCUGUCAGAGAACACCAGGACCUUCAUCCCAGUGUUGCCAUUCAUCCUGGAGAUUUUCCAACAAGUGGACUUCAACAAGAGGCCGGGACGUAUGAGUGCUAAACCUAUAAACUUUGCAGUGAUCUUGAAGCUUUCAAAUGCCAACCUGCAGGAGAAAGCCUUCCGAGAUGGACUCAUUGACCAGCUCUAUGACCUGAUUCUUGAGUAUCUUCAUUGUCAAGCCCACAGCAUUGGAUUCCCAGAGCUGGUCCUCCCUACUGUCAUUCAGCUCAAAUCUUUCCUGAAGGAAUGCAAGAUUGCCAACUACUGCAAACCCAUCCGGCAGCUCCUGGAGAAACUGCAGGAAAAUUCUGCCUACAUCGCCAGCAGGCGUCAGAAAGCCACCUUCGGUGUGGCCAGCAGGGAGUCUGUGGAGCAAUGGGAGAAGCAGGUCAGAGAGGAGGGGACACCUCUGACCAAGUACUACACCCAGUGGAAGAAGCUAAGAGAGAAGGAGAUACAGCUGGAAAUCACCGGCAAAGAAAGACUUGAAGAUUUGAACUUCCCAGAAAUUAAACGCAAGAAGCUAGAUGAAAGGAAGGAGGAAGAUAAGAAGGAAUUCAAGGACCUGUUUGAGCUGGACACAGACUCUGAUGAGGAGAACGUUGGAUUCCCCAUAAAAGGGAAAGGCAAAGGCAAGGAGGCAUCAGACGACAGCUCAGAAGGCAGCAGCAAGGAGGACUAUGGCGAGGAUGAUGAGGAUGAAGAGGGAGAGUAUGAAAUCGAGGAGGACGAGGAAGAUUUAGAGGAAGACAGUGACUCAGAUGAGGAAGACAAGGCAGCCCCUCGGGGCUCACAGAGGAGCAGCCCCCAGGCGCUGUCACGUUCCGACCUCGAGCAGCUGGCCCAUGGCGAGGAGGAUGUGGUGGAAGAUUUGGCUUUCUCCGAUGAUGACUGAGCCCUCCCCGACCCUGCAGCCCCCCUGGCUGGUUCUCCAGGAGGCGCUGAGCACGGUGCUUAUUGCCCCCACCUCCCAGUGGCAGCAGCACAGCACACAGCAAGGAAAGCAUACAGCCAUGCCAGGGGCUCAGGAGGCCAGGUACUGUUUGUAAACGGAGUGGUGUCCUUUUUUAUUCAAACUGAUUGCUGGAAAGCAUCUUUUUUUAUUGUGAUGUGAUGGAUAAUGACAAGGGGGGGGGGGGGAGGAGUUGGGUUUUUUUGUUGCUUUUUUUUCUUUUUUUUUUUUCUUUUUUCUCUUUUUUACAAUAUAAAGAAGCUAAUGUACCACCAAGCUAUUGGGUAAGAAAAAAAGAUGGCAGCACGUGCAAGGUUUCAACAAAACAAAAAGAGGAGAGGGAAGGAGACAGAGAGAGAGAUAAAGAAGUACCACAUGUGAUUGAUUGUGAUUGUUGCUCACAACUGUACAGGUCACAGGAGGUUGCCCCCAGGAGUUACCAUUGCAUUCACAGUAGUCAAAACCCUGCCUGCUGUUGUUGCCCCCCCAGUAUCCUCCCCCCCCUUUCUGGGGGCACACAGGGACCUCUGUCCCAUGGUCUGCAGCAGGCCUGAAUGUGCAACGACAGCCACCUCUGUAACAAGGCUUGAAAAAGAACAGGAAUCCUACAAACCAACCAACAACCAAAAAAACCCCAAAGGUGUAUAAAUGAGUCCGCAGUACAUGUGACUGGGGGGGGCAGGGGGGGGUUAACCCUGAACUCCCCCAAUGAGCACACACUCAUUUCUUCCUUAGAGCUCAAGCAAAUCCAGCUCUGCAGGGCUGGGCAGAGUCCAGCAGUGUGUGCAUGGGCAGCCCCACACUGCCUGUGCCGUACCAUCCACACCAGAGUAAACAUGGACCACAAACUUGCCUUUUUUUCUUCAUUUUUUUUUUUUUUUUCCUUUUUUUUUUUGUGUGUGUGUGUGUUUUUGUGUAACUCGUUGUCUUGUCUUUGGUAUUGUUUGCAAAAGUUCACUAGAGAUGCAUAGACACCUGAAUGGAGGAACUGAGCGCAGUUUCCAGGGGAGAGGAGGAGAUCCGUGGGAAGGGGGGGAGCUCUGUUGGUGAUGGAUGUUGUGGCUCAGCAGCGCUGAGUCCUGAUGGAGGAGCAGUGCCAGUCCCCCCCCCAGUGCCUGGAAGCUCCUCGAAGGCAAAAAGCAUUCCCAACCAUCACAGCUCUGCUUUCCCAGUGCGUGAGAAGGCGAAGGGAACGGCACCGCAGCCCUCCAGCACCGCCUCCCUUCUCUUCUUCACUUGGCCUUGUCUCAAUACAUCUUUGGAUCGUUUAUUCCUUCCCUUUUGACAGGUUUUGUUUUUUUUUUUUACUGUUUUGUUUUGGUUUUUUUUUUUUU